AUGUCUUUUGCGAAGUACAUUUUCGCCAGGGCCGCCAUGAUGGCUGGCCUGCUUGGAGCACAAGCUGCGCUUGAUGUGAGUUCUACGAGCAAUAUCGCUGUAUACUGGGGCCAGAACUCGUACAAUGCCGCGAGCGGCGACCUUGAACAGCAGAACUUGGCAUACUACUGCCAGAAUUCAGACAUUGAUGUCUUGCAACUCUCUUUUGUGACUGUAAUCAACGGUCCAGGUGGCGUUCCAGAGAUCAAUUUUGCCAAUAUCGGUGACAAUUGCACUACGUUCGAUGGCACAUCCCUGUUGAACUGCCCCCAGGUUGGCGACGAUAUCAAGACCUGCCAGGCAGCCGGCAAAACUAUUCUUCUCUCUAUCGGUGGAGCCACCUACUCUGAAGGAGGAUUCAGCUCGGAAUCUGCCGCGAGCGCCGGGGCCCAGCUGAUCUGGGAGACAUUCGGUCCGGACUCGAAUAGCUCAGCGCUUCGCCCCUUCGGAGACGCUGUCGUUGACGGCUUUGACUUCGACUUCGAAUCCACGGUCUCCAACAUGGCCGCCUUCGGCAACGAGCUUCGUAGCCUCAUGGACGCCGACACCAGCAAGAAAUACUUCCUGACUGCCGCCCCUCAGUGUGUUUACCCCGAUGCUGCAGACAAUCAAAUGCUGGACGGAGCCGUUUCCUUUGACGCCAUCUGGGUCCAAUUCUACAACAACUACUGCGGUAUUAAUAACUAUGUUUCUGGCUCUUCUUCGCAAACAAACUUCAACUUCGAUACCUGGGACAACUGGGCCAAGAACACAUCCAAGAACCCCAAUGUCAAGGUUUUCCUCGGUGUGCCAGCCAACACCGGCGCAGCCUCUACUGGUUAUUUGUCUGCCUCCAGUCUCCAGCCCGUGAUCCAAUACUCCAAGACAUUUUCAAGCUUCGGCGGUGUUAUGAUGUGGGACGCCAGCCAGGCAUAUGCCAACAACGGCUUCAUUUCCGGCGUUGCUGCUGACCUGGGCGGUAGCAGCAACAGCAGUAGCCGCACUGUUUCUCGCGUGAAGCGCCGUUCUACUGACCGUUCUUACUGGUAA